AUGACCGCUAAGAUAUUAAAUCCCUUCGAUAUCCCUGUAUACCCUUCUUCGAAAGCAUGCAAAUAUGAAUUUAAUUUUCCAACACGAAAGGAGAGCACUUUUGAUUACAUCCCAGGAAAAAGCAUAGAAACUAAUUGUUCUAAGGAAAAUAUGGUUCAACCCAAACAUUUAAACUUACUCAAAAUGUUGAAGAAAUAUAUGUAUGAAAUAAUUGAAGAAAGUUGUUUUGACAUUAAGUCAUUUAAUAAUAUUUCGAAUGGGAAGAGAGCAUGCAAUGAAGUAUUUUAUAAUCUCGAAGAUACGAUUAUCAACGAUUCAAGAAUGAAUAUUAAGAACAAAAUAUUGCAGAGUAACGAGAAUGUAUCGAAUAGUUGCAUGGACAAGAAAGCGAUAUGUAAAAAAUUGGAUAUGUUGUUAAAUCAUAGAAUUGAAGGAAAUUAUUGUCAAGAUGAUGUUUCAAAUAAUGCUUCUUUGCAAUUAAUGCAAAAAGGAAAAGAGGAUAAAGGAAAUGAGCGUAUAUAUUGUUGUACUACGAAGGAUGUAAUAUUACAUGCACACAAACCUACAAUGAAUUAUAUGAACAGUUACAAAUUGUCAAGUGAUUAUAUAAGCAAAUUACAUCUAUUUAUUGUCAAGAAAGAAAAAGUAUUAUUUUUUCCCAUACUAUAUGCUGAAAUGAUAAUAAGAUAUAACAUGAAAUUUUUUCCUUUAUCUAAAUUGUAUAAUAUUAAAAAUACGGCGUCUUUGAUGAAAUGUAAAAGAGUAUUCUCAUAUGUAAUCAUAUUACAUUUUUUAAUGAAUUCAAUAUGUGUUACAUAUUCGGAUGACAUACAUUCUUCUCUGUACAAAAAUAAUGAUGUCAUGUACUUUUAUGUUAUUAAAGGAAAAGAAGUUGGCUUAUAUGAAAUUACAAAAUUUCCAAUGAAUCAUAUUUCUUAUGAUAUGAAUAUUUUUAAUGAUUCUAAAACUUAUAUAGGUAAUAUGAAUUAUAUCCUUGAAAAGAAUAUAGAAGAACACUUAUUUGAUAAUAUGUAUUUUAUUCUAAGUAGUAUAUCUUAUAAAAAUGUGUUUCACAUGAAUAUAAUGCAUAUACAUAUGAAAUGUUAUAGUAAUCAAACAUGCAUGGAUUUAAAUAAGUGUUUCAACUUUGUUAAAGAUAUAUAUAUAAGUAGGAAACAAAAUAUGUGUAUUAUUAUAGGUACAAUAAAAAUUGACCAUAUGUUCUGUACCUGUAGUUGUGGAAGUACAGCAAAUAGCAAUAUGGAAAAUAAAAAUAGUAAUAAUAAUAAUAAUAAUAAUAAUAAUACCGGAAGUAAACAAAGUGUGAACAAUUCACGUGCAUCUAAUAAUAGGAAAAGAAUUAAUAAUACAAGUAGUAAUAAUGGAAAUGAUGAUGACGAAGAUGAAAAAUAUCAAAAUAAAAGAAAAAAAUAUUUUGACGAUUGUAACAUGAAAGAUGAACACAAGAAGGAAGGAAAGAAUAAACAAAAAAAUAAGAAGAACAAUAAAAAUAAGAAAAACAAUAAAAAUAAUAAUAUUAAUAAUAUUAAUAAUAUUAAUAAUAAUAACAAUAAUAACAAUAACAAUAGCAAUAACAAUAAUAACAAUAACAAUAAUAAUAAUAACAAUAACAAUAACAAUAAUAAUUCUUUUUAUAAUGAUUGUGUUUUAACAAAUAAUUCAUUUAAAGGAUACAUGGAGGAAAACAAUUUUAUAUUAAAUUCUCAUUCUUCAAAUAGCCUUGAUAUGGGAACGCACAUAUGUUAUAACUACCAAAAUAAAAUUAAUCAUAAUAUAACAAAACAAUGUAAUGAUAACAACAAUACAGUAUUCCACAAUAAUUAUUCUCACAAAGAUAAUGUUAAAGUAUUAAACAAUAUAUAUAAUAAUAUUAUAACAGAUAAAGAAAGAGAAAGUAAUGAUAAUGAUUCAACAAAACAAUCAAUGUUAAAUGAUGACGAUGCUGAUAAAUUGGAUAAUAUAAAAUUAAAUAAUUAUAUUUAUAGUAAUAUGAAUGAUUAUUUUACUAUUUGUGAUCCUAACAUAAAUAUUGACAAAACAACAUUACAUGAAAAUUAUCUUAGAUUUCAACCUAACGUUCUUGAAAAAGAUGUAAAUGGUGGUAAUAAACAUAUGACAAUGAGAUAUAUAGAUAAUUUCAAGCAUAAUUCUAUAAGUAAUCAUAAUAAUAAUAAUAAUAAUAGUAAUAAUAAUAAUAAUAGUAAUAAUAGUAAUAAUAAUAAUAAUAGUAAUAAUAGUAAUAAUAGUAACCGUUUGUAUAAUAUAUCUAGUGAGGCACUUAAUAGUUUAAAGAAAAAUGACUCACUUUAUAUGAGGUUACAAAAUAUUAUAUCUUUUUCCAGUGGUCAUAACAAUACAAAGAUUAAGGUUAUAAAUAUAAAUAAUUUCAAUAAUAAUGCAAAUAAAUUUAAAAAUUUAAAUAUGGAUAAUAUGAAUGCACCUAAUGGAGUAACAAACCUCAAUGUGGGCAUAAACAAUGAAGUAGUAAAAGAAGAGAAAACUAAUACUUGCCUAAAUAUAAAUGAGCAAAUACAUUCCCAUACAAAAUUGAAAUGUAUCAAAAAUGGGAAGCCUAGAAAUAUUAAUCAGAAGGAAAAUAAUGUAGUAUAUAUUGAAUCUGAUAAUUCUCAUAAUGACAAUAAUAAUAAUAAUAAUAACAACAAUAAUAAUAAUAACAACAACAACAACAACAACAAUAAUAAUAAUAAUAAUAACAGUUUUGAGAAUAAUAUGCUGUUGCUAUGUAAGUCCAAAAAUGUUAAGAAUCAAAAUAGAAUGAACAAUCUAUUUCGUAAAGAGGAAAAUAAAGAUACCAAAUUAAAAUCUCUUAAUUACAAUAUUUUAAUAAAUCCUUGUUAUAAUAAAAAUAAUGUUAUUAAUGAAUUAUUUAUGAAUACAAAAGAAAAAAGCUUAUAUGGUAACACCAACAAGUUUCAUAACACAUUGAAUAAUAAUAUGAAUAUGAACAAUUAUAAUAACCAAAAUAUAAAUAAUAUUUAUCCAUUGACGCAUAAUAUUUCCAUUGUUAACCAUAUAUUGAAUCAUUCCUAUUACAAUGAAAAUACAGAACAAAAUAAUAAAAACCUUUUUCAUAAUACAAUAUUAGUACCUAAAAAUUGUAAUAAUAUAAUGAACAACUCUGAUAAAUAUAAUUAUUUGAAUGCAUAUAACCAAAAUUAUACCUUAUACAAUAAUACACUUAAUAACAACAAUUCUUUAGUACAACCAUCAGAUGUUAAUAAUAUGAAUUGUUCAUAUGAAUCGAUUAAUGGUAACAUGCCAAUAAAUGAUCAAUCGUGUGAUACAUACAAUGAUGAAUAUAAUGAUACAUAUAAUGAUACAUAUAAUGAUACAUAUAAUGAUACAUAUAAUGAUACACAUAAUGAUACACAUAAUGAUACACAUAAUGAUACAUAUAAUGAUGAAUAUAAUGAUACAUAUAAUGAAAUAAAUAAUGAAACAUACAAUGAUACAUUAAAUGAUACCCCUAAUGAUACACUAUAUGAUACAUUAAAUGGAAUUACUAAUGAUACACCAUAUAUUACACCUACAAAUGCAUGUAACCUUUCUUAUGAAGAAUUAAUGUACAAAAUGCAAAAUAACAAUAAUAUAUAUUGUAAAAAGCAUGAUAGUAAUUAUAUUAUAUCUAAUGGGAUAAAUAAUCAUAUUUGUGCUCAUAAGGAAGUAAAUUAUAAUGUAUUAAAUCAUGUCACAAAUAUCAAUACUUAUGUAAAUAGUAAAAAUAUAUUUUCAAAUGUUGCUGUUACAAACGAUACUGAUUUACAUGCUUGUAAUAAUGAACAAAGAAAUAAUAUAUCCAAUCAUAAUAUUAAUAAAAAUGUCGUUAAUUUAAACAACGUUCAUUCAAUAAAUAAGGAAUUAAAUAAUUAUCCAAUAAAUUCAACACAAGAUUAUAAUACGAAUUAUGACAAAAACGGUUGUUUGGGAACAUUAACAUGUGAUAUAAAAAAUAAAAAUAAUAAAAAUAAUAAAAAUAACAAAAAUAAUAAAAAUAAUAAAAAUAAUAAAAAUAAUAAAAAUAAAAAUAAUAAUGAUAAUAAUAAUAAUAAUAAUAACAACAAUAAUAAUAGUAAUAAUAAUAAGGAUAUUAUUAUAUUAAAUAAAAACAAUAUAAAUAACGCUAACAUUUUUAAUAUAAAUUCAUUAAAAGAAAAACUAUUGAAUGAUGAUAUAUCUAAAAACAAAGAAAAGAAAAAAAAGAAAUGUGUCAUAAGAAAGAUUAAAAAAAGGAACAAGGUUAACCCAAAACGGAAUAAUAAUAUUAAUAAUAGAAAUAAAAAUAAUGGUAGUUAUAAAUGUGAUACCAAAAGAGUUAAUAAAAUUAACAAUGGUUUCAUGAAAAAUUUUAAAAACAAAUAUACAAGUUCUUGCAUUAAUUAUAAUAUGUGUGCUAUUAGUGAUUUAUCAACUAAUAUAAAAAAUAAGGAAAAUUUUGUUAUUGGAAAUUAUCCAUAUACUAAUGGUGUAUCCUAUAUAACAAACGGAGAAAAUAAUACAACUAAUAAUGGUAAAAAGAAUGAUGACCAUAGAAAUAAAAAGAAAGAAUAUAAUAGUAACGAAAAUAAUAAUUACUGCAACAAUAAUUCUAAUAGAAAUAAUAAUAAUAAUAAUAAUAAUAGUCAUUUUGGUGGUAAUAAGAACAACAGAGGUGAUGAUAAUGAUGAGGAUGAUCAAGAAAAAAAUAACAAAAGAAAUAUUUAUGGUAAAAAUGGAGACGACGAAGAAGAAGAUUAUGAUGGGGAGGAUGAUAAUAAUGAAGAAAAUGAUCAUAAUAAUAAAAAGAAUAUAAAAAGAAAAAACAAGAAAUCUAAUAAGGCAUAUAAUAAUAAUGAUGAUGAAAACAAAUGUAUUAAUAAUAAAGAUACAUUUCAUUUACCUAAAAAACAUAAUUAUGAAUAUACUAUGAACAAUAACUAUAACAUGAAUAAUGAAUAUAAUAAGGACGAUGAAGAAAUCAAAAAUAAUUAUGAAGAUAAUCAAGAUAAUGGGGAUAUAAAACAUAAGAGUUGUACUAAUGGUAAUGAUGUAGAUGGGGUAAAGAGUAAAUAUCAUAAAAAUGACCACAGUGGUGACAAUAAUAAUGAUAUAAAUAAUAAUAGUGAUAGUAAUAAUAAUAAUAAUAACAAUAAUAAUAACAAUAACAAUAAUAAUAACAAUAAUAAUAACAAUAACAAUAAUAAUAACAAUAACAAUAAUAACAAUAAUUCUUGCACAAAUAAUUGUGCAACUGUUGAUGAUCUUAUGAACCUUAAUAGCUCCAACCUAGGAAAAUUUAGCUACCUUACUAAUGUAUUAAGUCAUAAUAUUAAUAAUAUAAAUUUUAUAAAUAACAAUAAUCACAAAAUGAAUUUUCUUAAUAAUGAAAACGUGAACCAAUUCUUUAAUAAUAUGAAUUAUAAGGAUUAUGUUAAUAAUAUGAAUUACUUAGAGCCGAAUAAUUAUAUUAAUCAUAAUAUUAAUGAAUUAAAUUAUUUUAAUAAAAAUAUGAUCCUAAACAACCUAAAUUAUAUAAAUUAUGUUAAUGGUAUAAAUAAUGAUAGAUAUAUGAAUGGAAUCAAUAAUUCACAAAUGAGUUACAAUAAUCAUUUUCGUAAUGACAUAAUAAGUAAUGUAUUAAAAGGUGUACGGGUAAUAAAUAAAGAAAGUCAUUAUAAAAAUAAAAAUAAUAAAAAUGGUAAUAGUAAUAAUAAUAAUAAUAAUAAUAAUAAUAAUAAUAAUGAGGAUGAAGAUGAUGAUAAUAACCAAAAUAAUAAUAAUGAUAAUGAUGGGGAUGAUAAUAAUGAUAAUGAUAAUAAUGAAGAAAAUAAUAAUAUUGAUGAUCGUAUACCUUUUAAACAUCAUAAUAUGAACAAUGUAAGUAUGAAAAAUAAUGAUGGUAAAAAUGAAGAUAAUAACAAUAAUAAGAAUAAUAACAAUAACAAUAAUAAUAACAAUAAUAAUAACAACAAUAACAGCAACGAUAAUAAUAAUAAUCGUAAUGGAAAUAAUAAUAUCAUUAACCCUUUCUUUUUAUAUAACAAAAUGUUUUGCAUGAAUAAUAAUGCAAACAAUUUCAACAAUGGUAAUAUAAUAAAUAAUUUUACAAACAAUGGUAUGGCACAUAAUCACAAUCCUAAUAUGAAUAUAAAUAGUUUUAGAAAUAAUAACAUGCAUCUUUUCCAUAAAUAUGGUAUUCAGUAUAAAGAUUUAAUACCUAUGAAUAUGUUCCCAACAGCUUAUUUAAAUUUAGGUAGAGAAAGACGUUCUAGCAAGUAUGAAAAUAGUUCAUACAACAAAAAGAAAGAUUUGAUGAAAAGGAGAUAUGAAUUACAAAAGGCAAUAUUAUUAAACGUAGAUGAAAAUCUAAAAGAAGUUAUAGAUGAAAUUAUUCGUAAUUCAACUAUAUUGCCACAAAAAGGAAUAAGAGGUAGAAAUACAUUAGAUUGUAAUCAUCCAAUACAUAGUGUAUGGAAAGAUACGACAAGAGGACAUUGUUCAUGGAGAUGUAGAUGGUGGGAAAAUGGAAGACGUUUAAGUAAAAAUUUUAAUGUUAAAAGAUUUGGUAAUGAUGGUGCAUUGAGAAUGGCUAUAACUAUGAAGUUAAAAAAAAGUAAUCCCAAAGAACAAAUGCAAUUAUUAAAACAACAAAGAGAAUAUUUAAAACUAUGUUACGGUGAUAACUGGGAAAAAAAAAUUAAAGAACUUCAAAAUGUGAAUAAUGCAAAUCAAACUGUAAAUAAUAAUAAUAAUAAUAUAAACAAAAAUAAUAUAGAUAACAAUAAUCAAAAUGAUAAUAACAGCAGCAAAAGUAACAAUAGUAACAAUAGUAAUAAUAAUAGUAACAAUCAACAUUAUGUAUCAGCAAAUGCAGAUAUAAAUAAUGAUGCUACCAUAACAUUUAAUAACCCAUUAAAUAAUAAAAAUGUACCUUACCAAUAUCUUAAUCUUAAAGACAAGAAACAAACAUUUCAACAAUAUAAUCAUAUAAAGGACAGAGAAAAUUCCUACCCUUAUAUGCAUAUAAAAGGAGAAACUCAACAAAAUGGUAUGAAGUUAAAAAAUGAUAUAAAUAAUCAUCAUUCACAAAAUCAACUUUCAUUAUCUAAACAAGAAAAUAAUAUUUACAAAAAUAAUGUUAUGGAUGAAAAAUUGCUCAUUCAAAAUUUGAAAGCAUGUAUAAAUGAAAGUAAUAAUAAUAAUAAUAAUAAUAAUUAUAAUGUGCAAAAACGUAUUCAAAAUAAUUAUUACCACAAAGGGGGAAACAACAGGAAUAUUUAA